AUGCCACACUUCCCCAAGGACUCUGGCUUCGAGCCCAAAGAUACACAAAGCCAUGCUAUCACAGUCAAGAACCGUCGCAAGCGGUAUCUGGACUUACACCCAGAAUACUACUCGGCAGAUCUUGAGCUAGCCGACCCUCUACUGUACGAUCGCCUCAUUCGCCGAUUUCAAACACCACAAGAAAGAGAAGCUGCAGGGAAAGCCAUGGGAUUCUCGGGCAUUCUGCAAACAGAUAUCAUGAGAUCAGAAGCCCGAAUAAACGCGAUCGCUCACCCAGAACCUCACGCCAUAAUGAGCUACAGUCGUGGCCCUGACGGGGAAAUCCUCGCCGAGGACCGCGAUGACAUUCCUCCAAAUAAAGAAGAAGGCGAGCGACUCUGGCAGUGGGAAAUGGGGUUGCGGUUCAUACAGGGCAAUGAUCCGGAUUUUGAUUACACGACUGUUGAUGAGAACGAUGAGUACGACGAUCACUCAGACAAGGUAGAUCAGUACUUUGAGGACGAGGAACCCGAAUGGGUGGUUAGCGAUACCCCAGGGGGAGACACCCGCCCAAAUCUACAGGGCGAGACCGGUAUUCAAGACUUUUGA